UAUGAAUGAAAUGCAAAAGCUUCAUAAUGAUAUUAACAAAAAGAAAAAAGAUGCUAAUAUUCCUGUAGAAAUCAUCAAUAGAUUAAGAGCUACAUUAGGAACACCGCAGUUUAAAGAAAUAGUCAAACAUGUGCAAAAGGUCAUGAGUGGCAAGCAAGAUUUUCUCACAUCAAAAACGGUAAAAAUUGGUGUCU